AUGCCGGGAAUCACGGUUUCGCCUAUCACCCCAGCUCGACCUGAACUUGGGGCACUUGUCAACGACGUAGACUUGAGAAACCUCUCAGACGCAGACUUCGAGGCGCUUCGCAACGCCCUCUACACCUACAAUGUCAUCUGCGUCAGGUCCCAAGCGGGUCUCACCCCCAAGGACCAGGCGGAACUAACCCGCCGCUUCGAUCCGGAGGCCAUGUCAUACGGCCACGGCAAGACGAUUGAUGCCAAACGGUCCAUCCUGCAUCCCGACCUCAAAACCGUGCCUCAUCAGCCCGAGGUGCAGGUCAUCGGCAAUGGCUUUGUCCCCGAGUACGAAGGGCUCAAGGACAUUACGUUGAAGCACCCCCAUCAUCGCACGUUCCACACGACAGUCAUCCCAGAAGAGCAAGAUCUGGAUUUCACCCGUUUCUACCGCUGGCACAUCGACGCCGCGCUAUAUGGGGGUCUUCAACCACCGCUCGUCACGUCUCUACUUGCGGUCAAGGUUCCCACGGGACGGACGCAGACCGUUCUCUACGACGACGGCAGCAAUGACACCCUACAGGUUCCGCUGGGCACCACGGCCUUUGUGUCGGGGUACACCAUGUUUGACAACCUCAGUGCCGAGCAAAAGGAGUUCGUGCUCACUUCCAAGGUCGAGUACGCACCACACCCCUACGUCUGGAUCUCGACGGCCAAGUCGCGUCCGGACGGGCUGGGCAUGGUCUCUGAGGGCAAGGAGGUACCGAUUGAUGAACUACCGCCGAUCGAAAAUGCCUCGGACGUACAGAUCCAGCCCAUGGCCUGGCAAAACCCCGUCACGGGCCGGUUCGCGCUGCAGAUCCACCCGUCGGUCGUGCGCAAGAUCCACCUGCGCGACGGCAGCGUCAUCGACGACCUGGCCCGGGUGCGGGAGAUUGUGCACGAUCUGCAGCGUCCGGGGAUCGCACCGGAGCGGGUGUACGCGCACGACUGGCAGGAAGGCGACUUUGUGCUCUUCAACAACCACGGGGUUCUGCACAGCGUUGUGGGCGCCUUCGACAAGGACGAAGUCAGGUUGUUUCGCCAGUGCAAUCUGGCCGCGAGUCGUCCGCCCAUUGGGCCGGAAGUGGCGGCGUAG